UACCAGCGAGCGCAAUGCAGUGUGGGACAGCGCGUGAAGAUGGCUGCUCCCUUGCUCAGAAUGCUAAAGUGUCAAUAACGUAGUUUUCCCAAGCCUCAACCUUUACUUAUUACAUUCUUAACCCUAAUAUUCGUAGCAACAACAUAUUCAACAACAUAUUCAACUGAGAGCGACCGAAAACAGAAACCAUGUUUGCUGUCGGAGGGAUGCUUCGAGCUGGAGCUUCCUUCUGUCGGACGGCGCGGGCUCUGCUUGACACAGCUUGGAACUUCUCCAGUGGUACGUCCCGACACAUCAGGAUGCACGCCAUCCCCAAGCCCAAGGUCGUGGACAGGUGGAAUGAGAAAAGGAGCAUGUUUGGAGUAUAUGACAACAUAGGAAUCUUAGGAGAUUUCAAAGCGCACCCCAAAGACCUGAUCCUGGCGCCCUGUUGGCUGAAGGGCUUCAAGGGCAACGAGCUGCAGCGACUCAUCAGGAAGAAGAGGAUGGUGGGAGACAGAAUGAUGACUCUCGAAAGACACAACUUGGAAAAGAGGAUCCGCUUCCUCUACAAACGCUUCAAUCGCACUGGCAAACAUCGGUAACAUCACAAAGGCGUCCGGGCGGGUUGUGUAUUUAGUUUUUUUCAAAGUCCUAUGCAUAUAAAUAAACACGUGUUGACAAGUA